UAAAUUCACUCAAACAUUUCACUGAGGGACGUAAAGUGCAGCACUCACUUGGAGUCAAGAACUCAGCAGAAAGAUGGGCAUACAGAAAGUUAUACUGGAUAAACUAGGUCGCACCUUCCAAAUCCGUAAUAAGCUUUUGCGCCAGGGACUGGCUGAAUGCUUAGGUACGCUGAUCCUGGUGAUGUUUGGUUGCGGGUCAGUGGCCCAGUAUGUGCUCAGUGGAGGAUCUCAUGGCAUCUUCCUUGCUGUAAACUUAGCCUUUGGUUUUGCAGCCACACUUGGAAUCUUGGUAUGCGGCCAAGUCUCAGGUGGUCAUCUGAACCCAGCUGUAACUUUUGCCCUCUGCCUUCUUGGAAGGGAAAAAUGGAGAAAAUUUCCUGUGUACUUUCUCUUUCAAAUCAUUGGCUCCUUUUUUGGGGCUGGUAUCAUCUUUGGCAUGUAUUAUGAUGCUCUCCAGAGACAGUAUGAAAAAGAUCACAAACUACCACUUGGAAUUUUUGCUACCUACCCCAAUGAACACCUUAGUACCGCCAAUGGCUUUUUUGAUCAGGUGAUAGGCACAGCUGCGCUGAUUGUGUGUAUCCUGGCCAUUGUUGACCCAUACAACAACCCCAUCCCUCAAGGACUUGAGGCUUUCACUGUUGGAUUCACAGUACUUGUCAUUGGGUUAUCGAUGGUUAAUUCUGGCUAUGCAGUGAACCCCGCCAGGGACUUAGGUCCUCGUCUGUUCACUUCCAUUGCAGGCUGGGGAAGCAUAGUCUUUACGCAUGGAAACUACUGGUUCCUGGUGCCCAUCUUUGCCCCAUUCCUGGGUACAAUUAUUGGAGUGAUUGUGUACCAACUGUUGGUGGGCUGGCAUACAGAAGGGGAGGCACGGGAAAAAAAAAAGGAAUCAGAAGAGCUGAAUGUCAAGCUAAAUGAUAUUGAUUCUGCAGCUGCCUGAGCUGGGUUGAACAACAUAUCAACUAGGACUACCACUGUUUGGUUAUUUUCCUUCACAAGGUAUUCCUUCCUAUAUAUAAAAUCUGCAUCUAUAGAAUAAUGAAGAACAAUGCUGUAUAUCUUCAAAUUUAUUACAUUUCAGAAGAAUUGCUUUAAUUUCUGACAUACUGUAUAUGCUUACUUUGUACUCUGUAUUAUAUACUCUGCAUAACUUCAAGACAUAAACAAUAAAAUGUAUCUUUCGUUAGGCGAAUUAUAUUAAUUCUAGAAAGGAAAUAAAUACCGGAAAACAAAUCUGAAUUUUGGAAGAGCAUCACAAACAUUCUUUCUUUACUACUAUCAUGCUGAGAUUUUCUUUUGUACUUAAGUUGAUUAUGGCUAUGAGAGCAAUGAUACAUAUAUACACACAUGAUUAUUUUCAUUUCUGUAAAUAUAUAAUUUUUUUAUAGUCAGUAUAGGAUAGCUUUUUUAUGUCACCUAUUUUGCAUAAGGUCUUUGAAAAAUUGGCUAUUUCAUUAGAGAUAAAUAUCAGCAUAUUCAGCAAAUUUGAGCAUACAGUAUGUAAAGAAUAUAACAUAAGCUACUUCUGCUAUAGUAAAUGUGAUAAUUUUCUUGGGCACUAUUGCUAUGUUUAGCAACAGCAUUUAAAUAUGAAUAGCUGUUUACUGUUUUAGUUUUUGAAAAAAAAAAAAAAAGGGAAUGACAAAACUAUUGUCCUGCCAAAAAUACAAGCACAACCUAUUAAACCCCAUAUAACAUUUCAGCAGCAUUAACAUAGCCUGUGGACCACUACUUUUCUUACUGGCAUUUUCCUCAUGACCAAGCAUUUACAUUUGCAUGCCUUGUGUAUUUAAAUAUAUCCUCUGAAUCUUUAACAUUUCUAGUAUUAUUAUGAGCACUGUUAUGCAAAUUAUUUUAAUACUGAAAGUCAGAGAGGUUUGCUUCUGCCUUUUAAUUCAAAGUUUGUAUUUUUAUACCUUUGCCAUUUUUAACAUGUAAAUAAAGACUUAAUCCUUUGUGUA